AAAUUGUGUUUGGGAUUCCCUAAUCAAAACAUAGUCUGGAUUCUUCAUUCGACACAACAACCUCAAACCCUAGUCUGCUGGCUUUCCUCAUUCUGCCGAACUCUUAAACCACAGCCGCCGCCGCCGCCGCCACCGCCGCCGCCACAAAUGAAGACCGUCAAGGCUGAAAAAACCACCGAUCAUCUUCCCAAAGAAAUCAUGGAAGAAAUCUUGUGCAGACUCCCGGUUAAACCUCUCUCGAGAUUCAAGUGUGUUUCCCCAUCAUGGCGUUCAUUGAUCUCCAGCAAACAAUUCAUCAAAACCCAUCUCCAACGCUCGAAAAAGAUCGAAUCUUUCGCCGACCAAAGAAUCAUCUUAACCUGUAAAGGCAAACUAAAGGCAUGUUCUCUGUCCUCCUUGUUGACUGAAUCGGUCACUCGUGUUGAUUCUUUCGAUUUCUUUCCGAUGAAUAGUUCGAAUGAUAUAGUUAUCGUCGGUUCAUGCAAUGGUUUGAUCUGCAUUCUGGUAGACAAAUGUCGGUUUUUCUUGUUGAAUCCUUCGACACGAGAGUUCAAGGAAUUGCCCGACUUCUUUACCGGAGCGAUGUUCCCGAAAAAUCUCGGUUCUAUUAGUGCAUACGGAUUUGGAUUCGACGAGAGUAGUGGCGAUUACAAGAUUUGCGCCGUUUGUUAUAGUAUGUUAGUGUUUGGUUUGAUCGUCACUUUUCGGAGAACCGUAAGAGUGUAUAGCUUAAAGGCCGAUUCUUGGGGAGUUAGUAGUUUGUUCUAUAAACACGACAUAUGUUCGUAUGGUGCAGCCAAGUUUAUGAGUGGGAAGUUUCACUGGAUAACCGGUUUUUUAACGGAUCCGAAAUGGGAAGUUGUUUGUUUCGAUUUGAAGAGUGAGACUUUCGAAACCGUGAAACAGCCUAGUUGUAUGGAGGGUUAUAAACGUCCGAGCUUGGGAGUUCUCGAAGGAUGUCUUUGUGUGUUUUCCGACUAUUCUCCAAAUGAUACGUUCGAUGUCUGGAUUUGGAAUGAGUAUGGGGUUGAAGAUUCUUGGGCUAAAUACGUCACUAUUCCUUAUCAAUCCGUUACUAAUUAUGUAACCCCAUUGUUUGUCUUGCCAAGUGGCGAGGUUCUGUUUACAUGCGGAUCGGAAUUUUUUAUUUACAAUAAGAGAGAUAAUUGCGUCAGGCAACAACAUACCAUUGACUUUGACCGUGACCGUGAUCGUGAUAGUGAAGCGGAGCUCUACACAGAAAGUGUAGUCUCACUUGUACUUGGUGAUUGAUGGUGGUGAAUAUGGGAGGCAAACUUUAAUGGUAUGAUUUGAUUAAAAAAAAAA